AAAAGAAAUAUUAGCAAGGUUGCAUGCAUGGGAGGAGGGGAGCUACAUGCUUGCCUCCUCUCUAUAAAGCCCCAGCGUCCUUCCCAGUUCUGCACCACAGCAAGCUCUAGCCAAAAUCAUCAGAGAGCAAAGUGUCCGCCUGCUCUGAUCACUGCUCACCAGUUCAUCAAGUUAACUUGUAGCCAUGAGGACUGUGAGCCAGAGCAAGCAGAAGGGGAAGGUGGCCAGAGCGCUGAAAGAGCACAGAGCCAGGCUCUACAUCAUCCGCCGGUGCAUCGUCAUGCUCCUCUGCUGGCACGACUGAACUCCGUCCAGUGUUUCCCUCCUUGGAAUCUGUCAAGGGUCCAUGGGGAGGUUACACUUAUAGCUAGGCAACUGUUAGUCAGGACUCAGGAGUAGAAC